AUGCAAGAAGAAAUUAACUUCCUUAAUGAUUUUAUUGAUGAUGAUGAUACAAGUUGUGAUUGUUUAGAAGGAGAAAAUAUUAAAAGUAUUAAAAAAGAAAUAAAAUACAAGAAUAGAAUGAAACAAUUAGAAUUAUCUAAUAAACAAAAAGAUAAAUUAUUUAGUCAAUUACUUUUAAAUAAUAAAAAUCGAUUUAAUCCAUUAAAAUAUAAAAUGAUAAUUUUUGGAAUAAUUUUAUUUAUUUUAAUAAGUGUUUUGUAUAGAUUUAAUGAAAUUGUUGAAUAUAGAAUUGAUGUAUUAAUAUCAUCAGUAUUAUUUAUUAUUAUUACAUUAUAUUGUAUAUUGUAUUGUUUAUUCAAUUAA